GCGGGUAUGCACCGUCGGGUGUGCAAUCCAUGCCCGCCGGAACGGCGUUUGGCUUUUCCGAUCAGGUCUUCCCUGCAUCUCAGGCCAUGGAUGGUGGGUAUGGCUGCGUAGCGGAGCCGCCAUGGACGGCUCCGUGUGGGCAAAGCAGUCGGCGGACGUUGGGGCAAAUCACCCACCCGACAUUUGGGGGCAGUUCCAUCCCUUCCCCCUCGUCAUGCAGAUGCACUUCGAGCGAUCAGUCGGCGACAUGAUAGACGUCGACAGCGAUGAGAACGGUGAACUGCCGGCGGAUACAACCGAUUGGACGCCUGGAGGAGUUGGCGAUGGUGAGGGCACAUGGCAUGAUGACACGGGCGGGUCCAGUCACGGGGCAGAUAAAGGAGACGACGACGACGACACUUCCACGCAGCCAGGGGAGAUGAACGAUGAAGAUGGUGGUCGUCGUGUGGAGGAGGGGGGGGUUCAAGGGCGUCCAGGCGAGGAUGUGAAUGCGGCGAAGGGUAAUCAGCAGAAGCGUCGUGGUGGGCGGCCUCCGACCACCAACCCGAAACCGAAGGUGUCGUGGACGUUAGACGAGAGGAUCCAUCUCGCGAGGAUGAUGCAAGAGGACGACGCCCUCAUGGCGGACGCCAACGGCCAACACCGCAUGAUUCCGAUGAAGGAUCGGUGCGCAUGGGUCGUCGCACGGAUGAGGGAUGCCGGGUACAUGCACAGGACAGCGGAGAAUUGCCGGAAGAAGUGGACGAACAUGAUGACAACGGCGAAGUUCAUCCUCGACAAGCAACAGAAGAAGUCGGGGGAGCCAUCGUAUUUUGACAUAACAAUUGAGGAGCGAAGAGAGAAGAAACUACCGCUGUCUUUCGAGAAGGCGUUGUGGGACGCGAUGACGUGGAAACUUGAUCGACCAUCCAUCCAGUGCGACAACACCAUGGCAUCGGAGUCGCUCCCGGGGAAACGACAGGAGCCAUCACCGACGGUCGGAUCCGACGCAACGGGGAUGGAAGAGUCGGACAACUCAAACAAGGCACGCCGAACAGGGACCGGCAAGGCGAGGGUGCAUGAAGGCGGAUCAGGCGGAUCGUCCUUAGGCAAAGUAAUGGAAGACUCAACGAGAUCGUAUUGUCAGGGCCUUGACAAUGAGGCGUCAGCCCUAGCGAGAGCGACAAUAGGAGCAGGCACGGCAAUUGCAGCAAGAAUAGGUGAUGUGGGCGAUGCAAUGAGAGGGGGAAAUUCUAUGUUGGAACUAUUGGUGGGGGUACUUGCCCGACCAGGGGGGAGGGGGGGGCGAGCAGCUUCAGCGGCGGGGACACAGACCCGUCAUCCCGAUGAUAUAUAUACAACAGAAAAAUUCCCAUGAGAAAUGAAAGUUGAAAAAACAU